AUGGCUCUCGUUGAGUUGCAGACCCAACGAGCCGAAGGGCUGUCUAUGGCGUUGGAGGAUAUCNNNNUACCAUUUAGGGAGUAUUGUGGCGACAUUCGCCCCCUGUGCACCUCCUUGGCAACCCAAGGUUUGGACAGCUGCUUCGAUAUCGAAGCACAUGAGGCUGACGCGCUCGUCGAUGGGAGCGGUAUUGGGGCCGGAGUGUGCAGUGAUGCUCCAUUGGAUCCUACGUCGGAGAUAGAGUCUAUAGGUGAAAUGCUCCGGGAAGAGGUGGAGCAGCUCUGUGCGUCGACUCUGGGAAGGAAACUAGACGAGUGGAUCUCACUGGGUCGUGAGGGUCAGCUUGAAAGCGAUUUCUGGGAUAAAGUGAAGCCGCAGCUAAGUGCGAGCGCAGUCAAGUUACGCCUGAGGUGGGCUGACAAGCUCGGAGUUAGCGCACGAAAAGGGGCAGGAGGCGGUGAUAUCCGUGUUCCCUUGAUGAAGAAGAUACUAGAACUGAUGCAAGGCGAAACUUCGGAAGUCUUGGAUGUCGAGUAUCUGGAUCUUAUGGAUCAAGGCGUGCCGUUUGGUACCACUAGCGAUAUACCAAUCAGUAAAUGCUGGCCGGCCAAAGUACGGUCGUCACCACAUGGGCGGUACCCCAUAACACGGGACGUAUGGGACAAUUACUCAUCUGCACAGCUCUUCGCGGAGGAGGUUGCUAGCUCGUUAGAGAAGGAGGUUGAAUUGGGCCGGAUGGUCCCGAUCUCACCUGCCGAGGAGGGCAAGAUCCGUGCGACAUGUCAACUCGGCUG